UUUCGAUCCGGGCACAGUCAUUGCGAUCUGUAGUUAAUCGACCAGUGGCGACAGUGGCGCCGCCACGCGUGCUUCAGAGCAGUGAGCACUUUGGGUGGAGGUCACGUGAACAACUUUUCUUCGCUUCUGCAGAUUGGAUCGGCACGGCAGACAUUUUCUUUUUCCUCUGACAUCGUCGUCGAUGAAACAUCGGUCGUCGCUUUCGUCGAGUUUGGCAGAAUCGUCUACGCGAAACGGAGAAACUGUUUUUUCGAUCAUGGGAGAGCGGAAGAGCGUGUGUGUGCGCCCGACUGCUGGGUUGGUAGGAGAGUGAGAGGGACCGAUGGUAGCAAAGCAAAGCAAAACGCAGCAGCAGCAGCAGCGGCAGUAGCGAACACAAAAAUCAAUCAGUAUAGUGAGUGAGAGCGAAUCCGCAGCCAGCCAAAUUUGUAAGCGCUCCUGCUGCUUGCGGAGUAUCAGUGACGAUUCAGAGCAGAGCAGUGCAGCACAGCCAAAGCAAAGCACACAGCACAGAGCAAAAGUGUACUGAGGCUCAAAGGAAGAGUGUGUGUUGUUCGCCUCAUCAAACAGCCGCCAUUUUGACUUGUUCGCGAUUUGGUUUGUGGAAAGGUUUUUUCGCUGGACGGUCCGGAGCGGUUUGCCGUCCCGGAGUGACUCUUUGCGGGACCAGACCGGUCUCAAUCGACGCGUAAGAAAAUUCCCUUCCGUUUGAGGCCGCUUCCGGGGGUACGGUUGGUAGUAAAAUCGGGCGAAAAUAGCGACUGAAAUUUUGUACCCAAUUUUCUUGGUGCGCUGCUUUCCGUCGUCGUCGUUUCGAACAUCGAGCGACGAAGAGGAAAACGAUGAAGGCAGUAUAGCAGCAGCACACAAGUCGAGAGAGUCGCGCAUUCGGAGGAAAAAUAGAGGAAAAUUGACUGCCCAUAGCAGAGUGGAGUGUGUGUUUCAGAGGAUUCGAACAAGACACAGGACCUUUUUUCUCGCUUUUUUGUGAUUGAAUGAAGUGUUUUGCUUUUUUUUUGCGGUUUGAAAAACAGUGCUUGAAAGGAUUUGCGCCGCCCGAUAAGUGAGCUGAAAUAAUGAUCGGUGUUUAUAAGUUUAAACCACUCUAACUUACAAAAAAAAACUCGGAGAGCAGCAGUGACAAACAAACAAACAAAUAGCAAGUGAAUGUGUUUUCCGUCGUCAGCUGGAACGUUGGAUGCGGUCCUGUUUUUCACGACCAAGAUGUGGUCGUUCAGUGUGUACAUUCGCCGUCGGUCAUCGAAGAAGAAAAACUAAAUUCUUGGGGAACGUCGGUGUUUGACGCUCCGUCCCCCCGGUGUAUGUUUACGUUACGACUUCGGUGCGGUCCGGCUGCAGCACCGUUGGGUCCACACCACAAAACCAGUGAUAAGGGCACCGAAACAAUAGGUACAGUGUGGUGCCCGUGUGGCAAGUGUAGGCAGAAAAACAGCGAUAUGCAAAACAAUAUUUACACGCAAGAAGUGACGUUUCCGUUUUGUUUACACCCGUGCGCGGGGUGUGUGUUUAUGUGCAUGUUGUUUUCCCCCGCACUCGACGAAGGAAAUAAGCGCAUUUUCCGUUCUUAAGCUAGAAUGAAAGCAGAGAAAGUGUGGAAGUGAUUUCCGAACCGUAUUAAAAAAACGAGGCGAACAAAGCCUGUGAAAGGAUUAGCUUCUCUUCGAAUUCGAAGGAGAAGCACAAGUGAAGUUGUAAACGAUGGACGAUCAUAUGGACGAACCGCCGCUGAAGCGAGCCAAAAUGCGAGAUUCCGAAGUGAUCUCCUCGAUCGACCAGAUGUUCAACCUGGAGAACCACCUCCCGGACGAGCUGAUGGGCGACAGCACCUGGGGGGACUCGCUUGGCGGCGGCAAUAAACCGCCAGGUCCAGGGCCGGGACCGCAGAUGAACGGAGGCGAUGAUCCCGGGGGAACGUCCAGUAUGGCCCAGAUGGCCCUGCGGCAACAGCAACAGCAGCAGCAACAACAGCAGCAACAAUUGCAGCAACAACAGCAGCAGCAGUUGCACCAUAUCAUGCAGCAGCAGGGUAACAAGAACAUGGCCGGUCAACAAAUCCUGAGCAUGGGGCCACUAGCCAACAAGAGUCCCAACCUGCUGCCAAUGAACCAGAGCAUGGCAAACAAUGUGGUUGUCGGUUCGAUGGGUGGAGGAUCGAUGCUAGGAAUGAACAGUAUUGCCCAGAACAAUGGAGGAGGUACGAUUAUUACCAACAGUAAUAUGGCUUUGAGCGGAGGAGUUAUGACUAGUGGGGGAAUUGUGAUAAACAACAAUAUGAAGCAAGGUGGUCCCAACCCGGGACUCAUGCAUCAACUGCCAAAUGCGAUGCAGAAUGGACCCUUGAACAAUCCUGGUCGAAUGGGUAUGCCUGGCCAACCGGGGCAGCAUAUGGCGCGAGGUCCCGGUGGUCAUAUGAAUCAGGGUUUACGACAAUUGAUGCAGAACCACAACGUUGGCGGUAUUGGAAAUCAGAUGAACCAAAUUGGUGGACCUGGCGGACCUUUCGGUGGCUACCAGCAGCCGAAUGUGAACGUAAUGAAUACUGGAGGAUUGGCACCGGUACGAGGCUCUCCGCCAACGAUAAAUCGUAUGCCUAACAUGGCAAUGGCCAGUGCGAGAAUGGGAAACCCAUUGGGUGCGAAUAUUAUGCCUGGUGCCGGGAUCGGUAUGAACGUGGUUAACGAGGGUGGUGUAGCAGCUCAAGCACAGCCUCCCACACCAUCGCCAGCCCAACCACAGUCCGGAAACCCUACGGCUCAAAUACGACCGCAAACCGCUACUCAGAAUCAGCCAAUGAAUCAAAUGAAUCCGGCUGUUCCAGUCGGAGCUGCAGGUACAGCGACCGGAACCUCAGGACAACAGCCGGGACCAGCCCAGAGUGGUCCCGGAAAUCCACUGCUAGCCGAUCCAGAGAAACGCAAGCUUAUCCAGCAGCAGCUAGUGCUACUUUUACACGCUCACAAAUGCCAACGACGAGAGACGGAAAAUCCAAACAGCAAUAAUUGUACGCUCGCCCACUGUCGGACGAUGAAGGAAGUUCUGACGCACAUGCAAUCCUGUCAGCUCGGUAAAAAUUGUUCGAAAACCCACUGCUCUUCAUCCCGGCAAAUUAUCAACCAUUGGAAGAACUGCCAACGGCAGGACUGUCCGGUUUGUUUGCCUCUGCGAGAUACCAACAAGUAUAAACAGGGACAACAACAACCCGGACAGCAGCAACAACAGCAACAACAACAACAACAACAACAGCAGCAGCAGCAGCAGCAACAGCAGCAACAACAACAGCAACAACAAAACCAACAGAAUCAACUCAAAAAUCAACUGCAGCAAGGCGUUGGCCAAGAUCCGAACCAACAACAACAAGCUGGUCAAUCGGGUCAGUCCUGUCAAAACCAGCAAGGUCAACCAGGACAAAUGUCUGGUGGCCCUUUCAAUCAACUCGGGGGCAAUCAGGUUCAAUGUCCAUCCUCAACCGCUCCUAACUCACUGCCCGGCAAUGUUCAGAUGCCACCACAGGUUAGUCAGUCUGGAAUGCCUGGACAACAGCAACAAGGUGGAGGUCCACAGUUAGUGGGAGGAAUUCGGAAUAUACCCCUCGGUGCUAAUCAGCCUCCAGGAACGGUGCGGAUGAUGAUUCCUCCCAACCAGAUGAUGGUGAACAACGUUCUACCAAAUGCUACCAGUGAUGCUUCCAGUGUUGGUCCUGGAGGUCUUCCGGUCACCAGCCAAGCUCCGGGUGGAUCUAACCAAAGUGUAGCCCAAAUGGCAGCUGCUCUCCAGCAGCAGCAGCAACAGCAGCAACCAAACGCUCAGUUGCAACAGCAGCAGCAGCAGCAGAAUCAAUCUCAAAAUAUCAUUCCAUUACCGGGUAAUGUUCUCUUCAAUCAGGACGGCCAGGGUCAGGUCCAGCAGCAGCAAUCUGGCGGAGCGAGUGGAUCUAACGCCGGCGGAGGUCCGCCCGGUGCGAGUGGAAACUUCCCAGCGAAUCAAAUGAUUGCCGCUCCGGUGCAAGGAACGAAAGAUUGGCAUCACUCGGUCACCCCCGAUCUGCGGAAUCAUCUUGUGCACAAGCUGGUGCAGGCGAUUUUUCCGUCGCCGGAUCCCUCGACGAUGUUUGACAAGCGGAUGUACAAUUUGGUGGCGUACGCGAAAAAAGUCGAAGGCGAUAUGUACGAAAUGGCCAACUCGAGAUCGGAGUACUACCAUUUGUUGGCCGAAAAGAUCUACAAAAUCCAGAAAGAGCUGGAAGAAAAGCGACAAAAGCGAAAGGAGCAACAGAUGCAGCAGCAGAGGCAAGCCCAGGAACAGCAGCAGCUGCAACAGCCCGGUGGGAAUGCCCAAAUUCGUCCGAUGAAUCCAAACCAGGCGCCAGGAAUGAUCGGUCCGAAUAUGACCGUGAAUAAUGUCAUGCAAAUGCCCCGCCAGGUUGGGCCCAAUAUGCUUGGUCAGAACGCAAAUCUCAUGCAGCAAAAUCGGAUGCCCCUGGGUGCAGGCCAGCAAGCCCAACAACAGCAACUAUUCGUGUCCCAAUCGGGGCCAAGUCCGAACAGUAUGGUCCAACAGCAGCAGACUGUGUUGCCCGGUGGUUUGUCACCGUUUACCGCCCAGCAGCAGCAAGGCCUUAACAAUCAUCCACCCGGAAUGACACCGCCUUCGUCGCAACAGAAUGCUACCCAGUUUUUGAACGGUCCCUCAAUCGCCGAUAGUUCACCUAGUGGAUUGCAGCAGUUCAACGACAUCAUGAAGGCUAAGUAUAACGCAGGACAGGCGGCAGCAGCUGCCGCGGCUCAAAACAACUCCAUGGGUGGUGGUAUGAGCCAAACAGUGACCCCACCGAUUCCUUCUCCGUUCGGCAAUAGUGGGGGAAGUUCGAUGCAGCAGAAUAACACCUUCAAUGGAAACCAAAUGAUGGGCAGCAACUGCACCAACAGUGGCCAACAGCAACAACAACAACAACAACAGCAGCAACAGCAACAACAGCAGAGGAAUAGUAUGGGUCAGUUGCCAGCCACGCCCACAAGUGCUUCUGAUUUGUUGAAUUCCUCAGGCAACAGUGUGCCUAUUCCCUCACCAUCUCCAAGUCUAACCUCAAACGGACCAAUUCCACCACCACCGGUUAGCACACCGAACACGCCAAACGUGUCCGCUUUGAUGGCAUCGGCACCGGAACGAACGCCACCACCGGCGAUAUCUUCUCCAAUUCCAAUCUCGACCCCACCUGCAAUGGGUGUGUUAAGUACUAGCAGUUGCAACAACAACAGUAGCGGUGGUCCGUUGGCAACUGUUUCUUCAGCUUCCAUAACUAGCACCGCUUCGAGUGGGCCUACAACCACGACGACGGCGGCAUCGUCCGGGAAAAUGUCAAACACGACGUCAUCAUCCGGCUCGAGCAGUGGCGGCGGCGGUGGUGCCACUAGCAGCAGUAGCAGUAGUUGUCCCAACACCAGCACCGUGUCCAGCGUGAGUCGUUCCUCGGCUUCUGCCCUUAGCUCGCAGAUGGCUGCCCUGGAAGCUGCGGCACGUGAUCAGGACGAAGACUCCCAACCGGGCAACAGCGGUGCGAACAACUCCGGCAGCGAAACCAACGCCAAGGGUGGUAAAUUUGAGAUCAGACAAGAACAGGACAUCAAGUCCGAACCGGACACAAACCACAUGGACACCUCGGAUAGUAACAUCGGCGGGGGUAAGAGUGUGAACAAUGACAAUUGUCCGAGCAUAAAGCAGGAGAUCAAGACUGAACCAAUGGACACGGGAGACGCGGGAGAGGACGGUGAGAAGUCCAGCAAGCUCGAUGUGGUCAAGUGCAAGGAGGAGCCAAUGUCGCCAUUGGCGACUGGCGGCACCACCACCAUGAAUGCCGUGGUCAAGUGCGAACCGAAGGUGUUCCCCGAACCGAUCCAGUCGGAUGCGGCCGACAGCAAGAAGAAGUGUUCAUUUAAACCGGAAGAACUGCGGGAAGCUCUGUUACCCACGCUGGAGAAACUGGUGGCACAGGAACCGGAAUCGGUACCGUUCCGUAUGCCCGUUGACCCGACGACACUUGGGAUCCCCGACUACUUCGACAUCGUCCGGAAGCCGAUGGACCUCAGCACGAUACGCAAGAAGCUCGAUUCGGGCCAAUAUUCGGACCCGUGGGAGUAUGUGGAUGACGUGUGGCUUAUGUUUGACAAUGCAUGGUUGUACAAUCGUAAGACGUCCCGGGUCUAUCGGUACUGCACGAAGCUCUCGGAGGUGUUUGAGCAAGAAAUCGAUCCUGUCAUGCAAUCGCUCGGCUAUUGCUGUGGCCGAAAGUAUACGUUUAAUCCGCAGGUGUUGUGCUGUUAUGGCAAGCAGCUCUGUACGAUUCCACGGGAUGCCAAAUACUUCAGCUACCAAAAUCGAUCUUUUGGACAACUGUCUACCAGAUACACGUACUGCCAGAAGUGCUUCAACGAGAUCCCUGGCGACAUGGUAACGCUCGGCGAUGAUCCGAUGCAGACGCAAACCCAAAUCAAAAAAGAUCAGUUCAAGGAAAUGAAGAACGACCAUCUCGAGCUGGAACCGUUCGUGGACUGUUUGGACUGCGGUCGCAAACAGCACCAGAUCUGUGUGCUGUAUCUGGAAUCGAUCUGGCCGGGUGGCUUCGUUUGCGAUAACUGUCUGAAGAAGAAGGGCGCCAAACGGAAGGAGAACAAAUCGAACGCGAAGCGGUUGCCAACUUCCAAGCUGGGCACCUACAUCGAAACGAGGGUGAACAAUUUCCUGAAAAAGAAGGAGGCUGGCGCCGGUGAGGUGCACAUUCGAGUCGUUUCGAGCUCGGACAAAAUGGUCGAGGUUAAGCCCGGGAUGCGGAGUAGGUUCGUGGAGAAUGGUGAGAUGCUACCGGAGUUUCCGUAUCGGGCGAAAGCGCUGUUUGCGUUUGAAGAGGUCGACGGAAUCGACGUGUGUUUCUUCGGUAUGCACGUGCAAGAGUACGGCUCGGAGUGUGCCGCACCCAAUACACGGCGGGUGUACAUCGCCUAUCUUGACUCGGUGCACUUCUUCCGACCGCGACAGUACCGUACCUCAGUCUAUCACGAGAUUCUGCUCGGUUACAUGGAUUAUGCCAAACAGCUGGGCUACACGAUGGCCCACAUCUGGGCCUGUCCGCCUUCGGAAGGGGAUGAUUACAUCUUCCACUGCCAUCCGCCGGAGCAACGCAUUCCGAAGCCAAAACGACUCCAAGAGUGGUACAAGAAGAUGCUCGACAAGGGUAUGGUAGAGAGAACCAUCCAGGACUACAAGGAUAUCCUCAAGCAGGCGAUGGAGGAUAAACUGCAGUCUGCUUCCGAGCUGCCUUACUUUGAGGGCGACUUCUGGCCAAAUGUGCUCGAGGAAAGCAUCAAGGAGCUCGACCAGGAGGAGGAAGAAAAACGCAAACAAGCGGAACGCGAAGAGGCAGCUGCUAAUGCGAUCAUGUCCAUGAACGACGACAGUGACACCGGAGCGGAUGGGAAGAAAAAGGGUGGCCAGAAGAAGGCGAAGAAGUCGAACAAAUCGAAGGCAGCCCAACGGAAGAACAACAAGAAAUCCAACGAGCAGAUCGGUAACGAUCUGAGCGCGAAGAUAUUCGCAACAAUGGAAAAGCACAAGGAGGUGUUCUUCGUGAUUCGGUUGCACUCCGCUCAAUCGGCGGCGAGUUUAGCGCCCAUCCAAGAUCCGGAUCCGUUGAUCAACUGCGAUCUGAUGGAUGGUCGGGAUGCGUUCCUCACGCUGGCUCGCGACAAGCACUUUGAAUUCUCAUCCCUCCGGCGGGCGCAGUUCAGUACCCUUUGCAUGUUGUACGAACUGCACAACCAAGGACAGGACAAAUUUGUUUACACUUGCAACAACUGCAAGAACCACGUGGAAACUCGUUACCAUUGCACCGUGUGCGACGAUUUCGAUCUGUGCAUCACGUGCAAGGAGAAGGUCGGUCAUCCGCACAAGAUGGACAAGUUGGGCUUCGACCUGGACGAUGGCUCGUCGCCGACCGAUAUCAAGCAAACGAACCCACAGGAGGCCCGCAAGCAGUCUAUCCAGCGGUGCAUUCAGUCGCUGGUGCACGCGUGCCAGUGUCGCGACGCAAACUGUCGCCUGCCGAGCUGUCAGAAGAUGAAACGGGUGGUGCAGCACACGAAGCACUGCAAGCGGAAGACGCACGGUGGCUGUCCGAUCUGCAAACAGCUUAUCGCGCUGUGCUGCUAUCACGCCAAGCACUGCCAGGAGGCUAAGUGUUUGGUGCCGUUCUGCCCGAACAUCAAGCACAAGUUGAAGCAGCAGCAGUUGCAGCAGAGGCUACAACAGCAGCAACUAUUGCGUCGUCGAAUGGCCGUAAUGAAUACCACUCGCGUGGGAGCGUCAUCUCAACCAAUGACGCCGAGCCCAGUCGGAUCGCUCUCUGGAUCCGGUGGACCGAACGGUUCCGGCGGUCUCAGUCCCGGUGGGCCAAGUGUUAUGGCAGCAGCAGCAGUAGCAGCCGGCGUAACUGGUAUUGGUCCCACCGGUAUGGGUGGUCCCGGUAGUGUGGGGUCGGUUGGAAGUGGAGGUCCUGGCGGGCCUGGUAUGAUUGGACCGGGAAGUGCCGGUGCGGUAGGCGCACCUGGCGGUAUGAGUCCAUCGGCAGCACCAAGCCCUGUUUCGCAGAUAGGUGGCAUGGGUAGUCCACACCCGCCGGGUAUGGCGCUGAAACCGGAAACACAGCCUCCACCGCCGAAUGUGAUGCAAGCGUUGAAACAGGUACAAGAGGAGGCUGCUCGACAGCAGGCCCCACACGCCAGCUUUGGUAAAGUGAAUCCGGGUGGCAGUCAGAUGCCACCACCGGUGAUGCAGCGAGCGAUGGCCGCCAGCGGUCACAUGGGAGGCGUUGUCGGGGUCGGAGGGAUGGGUGGAGCAGGCCAGCAACAGCCGAAUAACGUUGGAGGAGUUCCGAUGGGUGCAGGCGGGCCUGUGGUUGGAGCCGGUCAGAACGUGAUGACCCAGAUGGACCAGUGGGGUAACCCACGUUAUCCGAACUCAGGUGGACAGCAAAAUCCACCCGGUAUGCGACCGAAUCUUCCUGGUUUGAUGCCGCAAGGACAGCAGCAGCCCCAACAGCCGAAUCCAAUGCAAGGGGGCAUGAUGAGUGCCGGCGUCGGCGGCAACCAGAUGAUGGGAGGAAUGCGACCAGGGCCGGGUGGUGUAUGUAUACAGGGUCCAGGCGGAAUGGUGGCCAAUCCACAACAAGUAGGUCCACAGCAGGGACAACCAUCACAACUUCCAACGAAUCAACCGAAAGCAGCGAUAGCACAGCUGAUGGCAACCCUUAAAAAUCCCCAGGCAGGACCCGAACAACAGCAGCAGCUACUAUCGAUACUGAAAGCCAAUCCGCAGUUGAUGGCGGCGUUUAUAAAGCAGCGGCAGCAAAUGAACAAUCAAAAUCAGAACCAAGGAGGAAUGCCACAGCAGCAGCAGCAGCAGCAACAACAGCAGCAACCCCACAAUGUGAUGCAGCACGCUGGUGCGGGUGGCGUUCAAGGACAGCAGCAAGGUCCAGGUCAGGGUCCGGGCGGUAUGACCUACAAUCCGGCAGCUGCUGGUGGACCGAUGGCCCCGAACCGGUUACAGGGAGGCGUUCAGGGUAUGGCUGGUGGUGGUAAACCAGGCGGCAACCCACAGAUGCAGUUACCGAUCCAACAACAGAUAUGGUACAAACAGCAGCAACAACAACAGCAACAGAUGAUGUUGCAGCGACAACUGGCGAUGACGGGGGGCAAUAUGCAGCCGGCUCCGCCAUACCAACAGCGGCCACGACCUCAGCAACAGAUGGGUGUUGGGGGUUACGGCCAAGCUGGAAUGUUCCCCGAUCAGCAGCAGCAGUAUAUGCAGCAGGGACUGAAACCGAACCCGCAACAGCAAGGUGCCGGAGUUGGUGUCAAUGUUCUCUCUCAGCAGCUCCAACAAGGGCCCGGUGGCCAACCGGGAGGUGUAAUGGGACCUCCUACGCCACAGCACACCAUGCAGCAGCAGCUGAUGCAAACGGUGCGAUCUCCACCUCCGAUUCGAUCUCCCCAACCUCAACCUUCGCCACGGGCGGUGCCUUCACCUCGCGCCCAGCCUUCAGCCUCGCCUAGGGCCCAACCCUCGCCACACCACCUGCCUUCUCAUUCACCCGCACCGAGCGGUCCCGGCGGUGUCGAGAUGCACAACCACAUGCAUCCCCAUCAGUCCCCGGUUGGUGUUGGCGUAGGUGUCGGGCCGGGUGGCGGCGUCCCAGGUGGUCCAGGCGAUCCGAACCAGAUGGCCGGCGGUCCCAACGAUACCAGCCCACUAACCGCACAGGAUCAGCUCACCAAAUUUGUCGAGCAAUUGUAGUAGUACCAUCAUCAUGUGUACUAAUGAUAAGCGGCGGAACCACCAAAGUCUGUGAGCAAACAAAAUGCAGCCUUAUAAUUCUACACACACACUAUUGACACACAAUCAAUAACCAUCGGAAGACGACGACCGACCGACCGUGAACCAUUCCGGGAUUGUAUUUCAUAGCGACAUACAAACAAAAAUUCACUGUACAUAAACAUUCUUGUAAAUCUUGUAGGCUAAUCUGAUGUUGACUGUGUUAGCAAAGAGAGCAGAUGUGUAUGCGCAAUCACACACAAACACACGAUUACGAAACUUACGAAAACUGAGAUUUUAUUCCUGCCUAAUCUUCUACGGCGUGGGCGUUUUCAGGAUACGCACGAGCGAGCGAUGGUGUUUUGGAGUGCUCGUUGGGAAUCCUUAUUUCAUUCGUUUUCCUCACGCACACACACCACGCUUAAUGCGCUACGUUAGUUGUCUUAUUUGAGAGAAACCUUAAUAAGCAAAUUAAAAAAAAACGAAACCGUGUACCAUAAGUAAAAAAAGUAGCGGUGCAAGUGAAAGCAUAAGUAUUUAUCAAACACUCUCAAUCAUCCCCACCCCCUCCCUCAUGUUUCUCAGUCGCAUGAGGAAUUGAGGGGGGAAAACGGGAAAAUCGGUACUCGAUGUGUAAGCAAACGGACUUGUAAAACAAAAUAUCAGACGCAAAGCAAGUAAAAAAAAGUACAUUUGUAAGUUGUUUAAUGUAUAAUUGCUAGAAGAGGAAAUAUCAUCAUUACACACACACACAUACACUUGGAUAUAGGCGUGCGCGCGUUCCUCUGCUUUCUGUAGUGCCGAGGGAGGCGCCGAAAAGUGCUCUCCAGCUUAUCGCGGGGAGGGAAAGUAGGAAGGGUUGCGUCGUGUAUCGCCGCGUUAGUUAGGAGAUGAAUUAAAUAACAAUUUUUUCUGUUGCUGUUUCCGUUUGAUAAGAAAAUGGGCGGGAAAAUGUCUAACAGAAAAAGAAAAAUUAGAUACACAUUACGAGGACGAAUGGUGGACAAAAUGAGUUGUGGGUUUGUAUAUACCCAACUUGUGUAAUAUUAUUAUUGACAACAAAUUCGCGAACCCUCAGACACAGAUGGUCUAUAAUGAGAGAAUAACAUAUAAGUUUUGUAAAUAUGUCAAUAUUAAGUCUAGUGAAUAGAUAUAUAGAUAAUAUUAGUAAUCAAUGCGCAGUACUAUUCUCACUAGCAAGGAAACAAAAAGGCGUAAUUUUUUAGGUGGUAACGUGGAUAGAUAGAGGGAGAAAAAAAAGAAAAAAAAACUAGAAUUGAUUUAUACAUGUUUGCAUAACUGUUGCGAAAAAGGAUAACCUUAAGUGAAGAAAAUAAAAGUCAAGAGAUAUUUUUUGUGUGAAUAUAUAGUAGCGCUUAAAAUAAUGCAA